AUAGUGCACAGUCAUAAACCACUGCUGACCGUCAGCUUCACAUCUGGAGACAUCAGCCUGAUGAACAACUACGACGACCUCUCUCCCACCCUCAUCCGCACCGGGCUGAAAGAUGUGGUGGUGCAGUGGUGCUCGCAGGGGGACCUCCUUGCGGUGGCCGGGAUGGAGAGGGCCCUCCUCCCCUCCGACCCCUCCUGUCCCCCCACCAGGAGCGCCCUUGUUAAGUUCUACAACGUUCAGGGUGAACACAUCUACACACUGGACACACCAGCACAGCGCCCCAUCACUACGCUGUGUUGGGGGCACCGGGACUCCCGUCUGUUCUUGGCAUGCGGCCCGGCGCUCUACGUAGUGCGAGUGGAGCACCGCGUUGCCAAUCUGCAGCUACUCUGCCAGCAGGGCAUCGCCACAGCAGUGAAGGAGGAAAAAGAUAUUGCCAAGCUCACCAUGCCUUCCCGCCUCUGUUUUUACGUCACUACUGCUUUUGUACCCACCAUUAAGCCCCCCAUCCCUGAUCCGAACAACAUGCGUGAUUUUGUGAGCUACCCGACAGCUGGAAAUGAGCGUCUGCACUGUACAAUGAAGCGAACAGAGGAUAACCCAGAGGUGGGGGGGCCCUGCUACACUCUGUACCUGGAGUACCUCGGGGGUCUGGUGCCCAUCCUAAAAGGCCGGCGAAUAAGUAAACUGCGUCCCGAGUUUGUCAUCAUGGACCCUAAGACAGAUGGGAAAACAGACGAGAUAUACGGCAACAGUCUGAUAUCUGCCAUGAUUGACAGCUGUAACUGCUCUGACUCCAGUGACAUUGAGCUGAGUGACGACUGGGUUGGCAAGAAAUCUCCAAAGAUAUCCAGAGGGAGCAAAUCCCCCAAACUGCCCAGGAUCAACAUUGAUCCCAGAAAAUCCCCCAAACUUUCCCGUGCUACACAAGAGAUCUCCAGGUCACCACGGUUACCCAUACGGAAACCCUCAAUUGGGUCACCCAGUCUAACACGGAGGGAAUUUCCUUUAGAUGACAUCACUCAGCAAAAUUACCUUGCUCAGGUCACAUCCAAUAUUUGGGGAACAAAAUUCAAGAUUGUGGGGCUUGCCGCUUUCUUGCCAACUAAUCUUGGUGCAGUCAUCUAUAAGACAAGCCUCCUCCAUCUGCAGCCCCGACAGAUGACCAUCUACCUGCCAGAGGUGCGUAAGAUCUCCAUGGACUACAUCAAUCUACCCGUCUUCAGCCCCAACGUCUUCAGUGAGGAUGAAGAUGACCUGCCUGUGUCCGGCCCCGCUGGGAGCACCGAUGACAACCCGCCCUGCACCGUCAACAUCCCUAUUGCCCCCAUCCAUAGUCCAGCCCAGGCCAUGUCCCCUGCCCAAAGCAUUGGUCUUGUCCAAUCACUCCUAGCCAAUCAAAAUGUUCAGCUGGAUGUCCUAACGAAUCCCACAGCAACCCCUGCUGGGGCCACAGCUGGUGGGUCAGACCAAAGCCAGGACACCCUCCUGACAGCCCAGUACACCGUGCCGACCAGGUACUCCAGCCCCGGGCAGGUCAUCUUUGGGGGACUAGAAAUCGGACGCCUGAUGGUGGGACCUCCACCUUCUCAUCAUCCUUCACAACCACAACAACAAUCAAGCCACCAUCCACAGCAGCAGCAGCAGCAGCAGCAGCAGCAGCAGCACCAACAACAACCCCCACCACCA